UGUCUAUUUUGUCCAUUCGCUGCCAUCAUUGUCUCCGUCGUAUUUAUGUUUUAUUUAUUUAUUGUCUGCUGUAUUAUCACUGAAAAUGAGCGAAUUAAAUAGCAACGAUCUGCCUCUGGAAAUCCUUGUAAAAGUUUUCCGCUAUCUGGAUGGCAGAAAUUUGAAAAAUGCAACUUUGACUUGUAAACUGUGGAACGAUUUAAUCGAAUCAGCCUGUCAAUGGUCAUUGGAGCUGGACUAUAAUGAUUAUGGUAAACUGAAACUCACGGCUCAAGACAGUGAGAAGAAGAUGAACUUUAUUCUGACGACAAAUCGCAAAUUUGGAUCAAUUGAAAUUACAAAUGGUCCUUUGAGUGAGAAUAACCGAAUUCUGAAAAUGUUUCAGAGACACGGCUUCAAUAUUGUCAAGCUGUCGUUAUGUGGACAUCGCAUAAACAGCCUUAUCGCAUUUGCUGAACUUUUAGUGCUCACUCCGAAUUUGAAUUACCUAUUUAUAAAAGUGAAAAACUUACUCAGCGAUGUGACGCUGGAUCAAAUUUUACCGGACCUGAAUAAAUUGAAAACCUUGGAGAUGGUUUUCUGUGAUCAACAGAUCCUCAAAGUCUUGCGAAAAGCAAAACUCACAAAAAUACUAAUUCGAGAAAACCGCUUUCAGCAACAUUACGGCCCAUUGGUGGAUUUCCUUUCAUCUCAGGAGAUGUUGACGUCAUUAACCGCUGAUUUGAGCUUCACGUUCUUCACGUUACUGGUGGAGAUGGGGAAAUUGAAUGUUCCAUUUCGGUUAACGGAAUUAGUGAUUUCCGGCAUGUUCGGCGAAGAUUCAUCGCACGACCACAGUAAUUUGUUGAGAUUUAUUGAAUCACAGACGAAAACCGUAGAACGAAUGGAAAUAGGAUUUAAUGUUCAAAGCUGCGUUUACGAGUACGUCUUUGCCAGAAUGACAAAUUUAGACAUUUUGAGUGUCAUAAUCGACGAAAUACCCCGGAGCAACAUGUUUUACCAACGAAUGAAGGAGAAUGGCAGUGUUCGCACGAUGAAAUUAUUGGAUUUUGAUUUGGAUGCGCUGGAUGAUUUGCAAUACGUGGGCAAUUUACUAUCAAAACUUGCAAACGUUCGCACUCUAAUUUUGUCUACCGAUAACAAAUACAUUUUAGCAUUGACACAAAUUUUAACCGAACUCGAAUCGCUUCGCAUGGAUUUCAUCAUGGAUGAAAGUGUAAUCGAUUACGUGAGAUUUUCCAACCUUAAAGCGCUACACAUUGAACUACUGUACGCCAAAAUCAACUGGAAUGAAUUCACCAAGGUCCAUUCUCGGUUGACCGAAUUAGUUAUAGAGAAUAUGGAACAUGAAUCGUUUUUCACUAGCGACGAUAUGGAUCAAAUUACGACCAAUGUUGACUUACAGAUCAUAAGGCUUGGUAUCGGGUUUGUGGCUAAUGAUCGAUUAUUCGAAAUUAUUCGGGCAAAGUGUUCAAACUUGAAGGUAUUGGAUCUGCAUAGGUCUUCCUUAUCAUAUGGAACAAGGCACAAUAUGGAAAUUAAUGUGCUUCGAUUGUGUGAUGACAUCAAAUGUCCAAAGACCAUCGCAUCCAACUUGUUUCAACCCUAACCCUUCAAAUUCAAUUAGGUCCCUUCAAAGUUAGUGUUUUAAUUAAUUUACAAAGAAGAUGAGAAUUUUUCCGAAAAAUAAAUGCAAUUGACUCAAUUGCCUUGAAGUU